CGAUGUUAAAAGCAUGCAUGGAUAUAUUUAAUCUCCUCUGUUCUGUCACUUGGGUGGAGUCAGCAGGGACAGAAGAACAUCCCCAGUUCUCUAUAUAACAGAAGAGGAGUGCAAGCACCCCCACAGAGACAGCAGAAGAGGAGCAGCUAAUUGAUUCGGUGCUAUUUCCUUAAGCUUGGGGUGAGAUAUUUAUUUUUCUUUAAUUUUUUUUUUUUUUUUUACGUGUAAUAUUUUGAUUUUUAUUGUAUUUUUUAGCAAAAAAAACUACAGCACUGUAGACAUGGUUGCUUCUGUUCUGAAUUGCUAUUAUAGAAAAGAUAUCACCUCGAUGUUCAUGUGACAUUGUGGCAAAAGGUAUUGUUUUUACUAUUGUUUUUGAUAGCCUGCUUAUCUCAAGUGUAAAUCCUGGAUCAUGCAUUAAAGCUAUCACUGUAAUAAGCAGGGAGUGAGAUGCAUGUUGAACUCUGUUUUGACUCUUGAUUAAGAAAUUCUGCCCUAAUCAUUUUAACAAGGAGGUCUAAUUAUGUUUGGUUCCUGUUAUUAAGAGCAUCCAAACCCUUAGAUCCCCCUUACUCCAUAACUGUGUAGGCAGCUAACAAUUAACCAGAAUCAUUCUCUCUCCCCUCCUUAAUCCAGCUCUGAUUUAACAAACCCUCCUUGUAUUAUUAAUGACUUUCCAGCUGAUUCCGCUUGGCAGAUCUGGCUGGAAAUGACCCAUUUUUUAAAAGACAUUUAUUCAAAAUCUGUCUGCUCUGCCAUUUUAUACCAAGUCACAGAUUUGCUGAACGUUAAUCUUCUAAGAACAAUAUAAGCAGCAUUCUCUACCAAAUAUUAGCCUUUAUUAUGAAUGGGAGGGUAAUUUAAAGGUACCAGAAACAUCUAAUGCAUCUGUGUCAAUUACAGCAACAUAAAAAUUAUACUUUGAAUGGUUUAUAUAAUGGGCAGAAGGAGUUACCUACCUCCCCCUGCCUACCCCUCUUAAUAUUUCAUCAGGUAAAGAGGCUUUACUUUUCGCUGCCAUAUAGAGAAAUCUAAAACGGCAAUGAGAGUAAAGAACUGUGUGAAUGGUAGCCAGCAUCUGUGUGCAAGCUGUUCAGCCAUGGUGAGGGCUACAAUCAUGGGAUAUGGAGUUGCCAACCUGUGUGAUUUGUUCACAUUAAAGGAAAGGCACACCAGGUAAUAUCAUACAGCUCUAUGUUCAUACCGUGUCUUCUAGAAUGCUACUAUACCAUUCUGGAUCACUAACCAUAUCGUUAGUGAUGGUCAUUAAUAUUAAAGGUAAAAUAUUUAGAAAUUAGGUUUUUUUGAGCGCAUGUAGUUGAAACAAAUAAGCAGCUCAAAGAAGAACACAUCUAACAUUGAGAAUAUCCCAAGGCACUGUCCCCUCUUUCUACUUCACAUUAAUUUUAAAGUGCCAAUUAGUUUGAGUGGUCUUAGUGUGACUAACGAUUCAAAAAAGUCCAUUGCUGACCUGCUAUGACUGAUGCAUUUUUAUUUCACAAUGUUCCCUGAUGGCACAGUGUCCUUACUUGCUAUUCUUUUGCCCACAGAUUCCUAAAAAUGAGAGGCAGCUCUGCUGUAUGCUGGUCACUUCUGCUUUUGGUGGCUCUCUUCAGCCAUAGUAUCACUGCCAAAGGAGGACGUGGGGGUGCCAGGGGAGGAGCCCGUGGAAGUUCACGAGGCACUUCUCGCGUGCGUGUCAAGUCACCAACACGCUAUGGUUCCUUUAGGGUGGCAGCUGGAGCAGCAGCUGCUGGGGCAGUAGCUGGGGCAGCAGCUGGAUUAGCAGGAAAAAGAAGGUGGAGAUAUGAUGAUAGCUCUGAAGUUGGUAGACAGUGGGGUAACAACACAGAUGAAGGACUCUACAGCUACAGGGCAUGGACAUCAGAUUCAUGCCCCCUCUCUUUCUCUUGGCCCCUUACUCUGAUGUCCUGCACCACUGCAAUUCUCAAGUAUUGUUUUUAAAAAUCAUUAUUGUUCCCGUGGCAGUUAUAUGAUUAGAGACACUUUGGACCAUUUGUGUGCAGUACUGGACCUCCCGUAAGAAUGACUCCAGUCCACCUGAGGCUGGUGUAAAUUACAGUAGACCUGAAUUAUACCCUUAUUUUUCCCAGAAAUAUUCAAAUCAGAGCUACACAUAGCCUGAAUAGAAUUAUGUAGUCAUAAACAAAACAAAACUAGCGGGUCAGUUACAGUCCCCAAAAAAUGAAAGCAGAACUUACAUCUCAUGAACUUCUAUUGAUUCUGACCUGUAAAAGUUCUGAAUUGAUGACAUUAUACUCAGGUUAUAAUCACAGAUUAUUGAAUUGUAACAAAAUAUGUAUGUAGGAUCAAGUGCAAAAUGUCACACAACUGCAUACCUUUUCCUGACGGGCUUUACAAAAAAAAUAUAAUUUUUUUUUUAUAUAUAUGGAUGAGUAAUUCAAACAAGCUUUGCUUCUCUUAAUAUAUCUAUUAAGUUCUAGGUAUAGUUUAUGUAAACAUUCUUAACUGAGUCCAUAGGCAUGCUGGCAAGGGGGUCAGGUAGGCAUUUUCACCCAGGCCACUAUUAUAUCGGGACUUUACACUGCAACCUUACACUAUCCUUCCAUGGAUUCAAACAGAAGGAGAUGGAUUGGGAAAUCUGCAUGAGUGAAGAAGCAUGCAGGAACUAUACACGGCCAUUGGUGGCCCAACACUGUGUCAGUUUGUGCUUAGGUGCUUAGACUAUGUUCUGCAAACCUGGACUGACCCAUUGGUUUUGGGCUGAUCAAGCUUCCAUACUACGAUGAACCAGUGCUCAUGCAUAACAGACAUUGGUUGUCAUUGGUGGCAAUGGAAUUGUUGGCAACAGAGUCUGUGUCUCUGAAGUAUGCACAGAUUACUGUGAAUUCUCCAAAAUACCAUGUAUAAAAAGGUCCUACUGAUGGAGACUAUGUAGAUAUAUGACGUCACAACUCCAGCAUCGUCAGUCUGUCAGAUUUAUCACAUGAUUUCUCAGCAUAAAAAGAGACCAUUAGUUUGUACUUGACCCCCAGGCAAAAUGUUGCAGGACUUCCCCUGAAUGAGUCUUUCAAACAUCUCAGUAGACCAUAUAUGGUUACCAAUCAGUCUUCAUUGAACCCUCUAUACCAGGGCUUCCCAAACUUUUAUGGGCCGAGACCCACUUUUCAAAACAGUAAUUUUUCGAGACCCACUUGCUUUUAAUGCAUAUUUUAAAAAGUAAACACCAUGGCAAUCAGCUUUAGAGGUAUACACCGCCACCAUAGCAACCGCAUAACAUGCAC